AUGGCGCCCCCGUCCCCUGUUCCCUCCCCGUCGUUCUUCAACCCUCUCCGCGCAUUCCUUGCGCCGUUUUACCGCCUGUCGUCUGCGCGUCUGCACGCGAAGCUGACGCGGAGCAACAUCGCGGAGCAGUUGCGCGAGUACCAGCGCAGGCGCCAGCACGACUGGGCUUCCGCCGCCUUCUAUGCCGCCACCGCGCCCUCCCCGCCCGCCUCCGCCGCUGCGCGCAGGAGAAGAUGCGCGCUGGCGGUGUUACUGGUGGUGCUCGUGUUCGCGCUCUGCUCGUCCGCAUACCUCUCCGUGCAGGUGUGGCGCGGAAUGCGAUACGGAUGGGCGCCUCGCAGUGCUGACAUCACGAGGGAAGCGGUGUAUGAACGAACCACGCGGGAGGAUAGAGGGGGGCGAACUGCAGAAGGAGAGACUUUAAGCGGAAGUGGGGAGGCGGGUGAGAGAGGAAGGGAAGGACCGAUGGAAGGAGAGGGGAAAGGAGGGGAGCGUGGUGACAGAGCUGACUGGGAUGGGGAGGAUGAGAAGGGACGUUUGAAGGCAGGUCCGGCGACUGUAGGAGAUGGGAGGAUGCUUGUGCUCUUGCAGCCUGCUCUGCUGCUCGUGGCAGUGGCGGGUGUGCUGAGCGUUGCGGCAUGCUCCCGGCAACGGUGGCGCAAGGGCAGGCGGAGGAGGAGUGGCAGCAGUAGCAGGCUGUUGCCGUCAUGA